AGAAUACACUAUCAGCAUUUUUUUAAAUUCGUUUGAAUUAAAUUAACUAAGUUGUAUUUAAAUGGUCUAAAUUGCGGUGUAGCCAAGAAUUUUUGCAAACUAACCCAACGGUGACGCAUAAUAAUGGUAACGGGCUACAUAUUUGAUAUCAUCGUUGUGCGCAUUGACACGACCGCGCAAAGAUUCGAUGAUGCGAAUCUGUUUACCGUCGAUGUAAAUUACAAUAAUGUCUCUCUGAGCAUAACCGCCAGUCGCAUCAAUGUGGCCGAAUUUCGUUCCGGACGCAGUUACGAAUUUGAUUCCUCUCCGGAGGAAUUACGUGCGGACAUGGAGGCUAAUCCACUUAGGAUUACUGUGAAAUAUGACAAUGCGAUCAUAGGAUCUGGAGCUUUGAUAUGGCCAGAUUCUGUGCUCAACAAAGUAGCCGACUCGUCUAAUGAAAUCACACAUAUUGACGAAUGCCAGCUCGUUUUGGAUGAUGAUAUAGUUGGCAUUGUUGAAGUAAUCGUGCGACUAAAGUGUAAAUGCCAAGAUAAUUGUGACGAUUUUAUGGGUGACCGCGAUGACAUACGACAUCACUUGGAUAAGGUGAUCAAUCCGCAUGAUAUUCUCUUUGUGGUCGGUGAUACGAAUAAAGAUGACGAAUGCACCGGCCUACUGCCCGACUCUAAUCAGUCCUGUGAUGGUGAUCGAUUUACCACAGCACUCGACUUGUCGCGCUAUCGUGCCAUGAACGGACGUUUAGUGCCGACAAUUGACAUUCUGAACACCUGCGACAAUGCGGAGUGCUGUGAGCUGAAGAAAAUGUCAAACACAUAUCAAAAGCUGAUCGAUUCCAUAUCAACAGCAAACGAUAAGCGUUCUUGUCGUGCAUCUGUUCAUAUGCGCGAUUGUCCUCAUGAGAAUAAAUUUUCCUCGAGCAGUACCAGAGACAGUUCAGAUUGCAGAUUUCCAUGUUCUUGCUUUGCCAACCAACAUACGGAGGAUGGUGCUUUCGCCGGCGAAAAGCUCAUCAAUAUUUGUCCCACAGUGGCACCGAACACUAAUCAAAUGGUCAUGCACACACCGAAGCACUGCCCGGUUUGCAAGACAAAUAUUUCUUGGCUACCCAAACUUGCCUGCUGUCCAAAAUGUGGUUAUAAGCCGGUACCGUACGUAGAAGAGAAACCGUACAAUGAAAAACUGACCGCUGAUCAAAUACUUCAAGAGUAUCUGGACAAACAGUCGAGUGGCACCGAUCAAAAAAUAAGCGACUGCUGCCGAGCUGAAAACGAGGAGAUACCCUCCUCUACCGACAAAAAAGAAUGUCGAUGCACAUGCAAGAACGGCAAGGUGUGCGCUCAUUGCCGAAUACGGAAGUUGUGCGAAGAUAUCUUUCAACCGCCACGGCCGCCGGAAGAACCCAAAAAGGACUGUGGUAAAUGCGAAUCGGAGGAAAUGUUCAACGUAUGUAAGACAAGCAGCAAGGACUGUCGCCCUUAUCUGGCCCGCGUAUUCUCCGAGCUGAGAGAUUUGUAUGACCUCAAAAAAGCACAAUACAAACCUUUCAAACAAGAUGAAAGAUGCGAGAAAGAGUUACAAGGGUCAGGACGAAACCAAAAGAAACGCCCUCAAGGAGAUAUUUCGGGAAAUUCAGAAAAGCAGAAAAGAGAUAACCAGAAUGACAAACAAAUGCCUAGGCGAAAGAAAAAAAGGCAGCCGAGAGCAGCAACGUCUAACUCAAAAACCAGCAACAAUGAAAAGAAGUCAUAUUCUUAUGGUGGUGGUCAUUUUUCUCCGGUCAAGGAUGCUCGUCCCCAAAAACGCAACAACAAUGGAUGUUUCAACCUUGGCAAAAAGAAUGUACCGCGAAAUAUGGGAUGGCUGUGGAAUUUAGAUACAAGUGGCAAACGACGUGGUUGGAAGCCGGGCGCUAUACGCAAACCCAUCAAAGAGAUCAUGAGAUUCUUUCUGAAAGACUACCCAGCAGACACAAUACGUGUCUCGCAGUACGCCUACCGCGACCAAGGCAAAGGUGAUGGCAAAGAGUCGGAGGAGCAAAUAGUUCAGCGGCCCACAUUACAUAUAUGCAAAAAGAAUGAUGAAUAUUUCAUAACAUUGCGACCGCUUAAGGAUCCUGAGGCACUCAAGGAAUGUGCCGAUCCGUACCUCAAUAUGAAACCCAUACAAUUUAAAAUAACCAAAAAUCCAUUAAUGGUCGAAAUGAGUAAAUUGAAGCGUUGCCUCAAAGACAUGGGCUUCGCAAAAUGCACCUGUCACAAACCAGUGGUUGAGUGUUUCUGUCGGAGCUUCUUGGAUAAAAAGCGAUUGGAAUAUCAAGUCAGCAAGGAGUGCAGAAAGCGUCAAAUAUCCUGCUGCAAUAGCACAUUGGUUUUGUCCGACACUACAGACUCAGAUGUGGAAUUCGAUUUCGGUGUGACACCACCUGCGGGCGUGGUAAAACCGGAGAGACUUAAGAAGCCUCAUCUUGUGAACCAUGGCACGCAGUAUGUAGAGAAUGACUGGAAUGUCCAGCCAAAGUAUCCGCUACCACCCAACCGUUUUAUGAAAUCAUACAACUGCGCAACCGGUGCGCACUACGAUUUUAGCGGAGGAAGUGGGUGGGGCGGUGGAUGGCUUGGUGCUCCCAGUGGAGGCUGGGGUCCUGGUGGUGGUAGAGGUGGUUGGGGUCCUGGUGGUGGUAGAGGUGGUUGGGGACCUGGACGGGGUAGAGGAGUUUGGGGUCCUGGUGGGGGCAGAGGAGUUUGGGGUCCUGGAGGCGGUAGAGGCGGUGUACCUGGUGGUGGCAGAGGUGGACGUGGAAAUGGAAGGUGGGGGCCAGGAGGCGCUGCCGGAGGCCCUGGGGGCGGAAUAGGGCCCGAAGGAAAGCCUUUACCUGGCGGUGGUGGAAAGGGUGGCGGUGGAGGCCCUGGAGGUCCCGGAGUUCCUGGAAGCUCCGCAUAUCAAGCGAGACUUCGACGUGAGCGUCUUACAGAAGUUCCUCCACCCUUGCUUUGUAUGAUUGAUCGUCGUAGAAAACCGGAUCCAUGCACUUACCCAUGUUGUUAUCCGUGUUAUCCAAGUUAUUCGCCUUGCUAUCCGUGUGGCGAUUAUUGUUAUCCGUGUCCAGAACGAAUAUGUUAA